GCCGUCAGAUGGAGUGUGGUAAAAGAAAAUAUUAAAAUUUAAUAAUAAUUGAACAUAUACAAAUAUUAAAACAAAACCAAAUUAUUUUAUUUUAAACAAACUAAUCAUACAUUUAUGAAAUCAUUAAAAAGUUUCCAGCCAAAAAAAAAAGAAAAAAAAUAAAAAGUGGGGUCGUUAUCCGAUCUGUUCGCACAAUAACCACAUCUUUCAUCUUUUCUAUUCAAUUUCAUAAUUCAAUCAAAUUCAAUGAUGGGUUCGUCAACUUCUUUAUGUACAAUCACAAAAAUCCCAAUUGUAGGAGCUCCAUGAUUUCUGUUGAUAAACCAUUUUUGCUCAAGAAAGAAGAAUUGGAAGAAAUUAGGCCAUGAAAACGUUGAGAUUACCAGAUUAUCCUUGUAUGGGUCAUGGUAGUAGUGGAUAUUGUUCAUAUUCCAGAAGCAACAGGAACACCUACUACAAGAUUGUUAUAGUAAUGGGAAAGAACAAGAAGCCCCGCUCUCCUUCUCCUAAGGACCCGGAGCCAGCUCCUCCAAGAAUUACAUCAAACCUCAAGCAGAACUUGCAAUUUUUGAAGCUAUGGAAGGAAUUCCAAAAGAGGAAGUCUAGCACACCUAAGCCUGCUACCAGUUAUCGCAAAAAGAAGGUCCAGAAGGAGGACCUUCCAGAAGAUACAGAGCUCUAUCGUGAUCCUACCUUGUCUCUCUACUAUACAAACCAGGUUAUAGACGAUGCUGUCCCUGUCUUGCUUGUUGAUGGGUAUAAUGUAUGUGGCUAUUGGCCAAAGCUGAAGAAGCAUUUUAUGAAUGGAAGACUUGAUAUUGCCCGACAAAAAUUAAUUGAUGAACUUAUAACAUUCAGUAUGCUUCGAGAGGUGAAAGUGGUAGCUGUCUUUGAUGCCAUGAUGUCAGGGCUUCCCACACACAAGGAAACUUUUAUUGGCAUAGAUGUGGUUUUCUCAGGGGAGUCAUGUGCUGAUGCGUGGAUUGAGAAAGAGGUUGUAGCCUUGAGGGAAGAUGGCUGCCCCAAAGUGUGGGUCGUGACUUCUGAUCGUAUGCAACAACAUGCAGCACAUGGAGCAGGAGCUUUUGUAUGGAGUAGCAAGGCUUUGGUUUCUGAAAUUAAGGCAUCACACAAGGAGGUGGAGAUGAUGCUUCAAGAACAAAGGCCCACUUCUUUCCAAGGCAGAUUGUUAAAGCACAAUCUAGAUUCUGAAGUUGUAGAUGCUCUCAAGGAUCUGAGGAAUAAGCUAGCUGAGAAUGAGUCAAAAAGAAGGUGAUCAAAUUUACUGAGAUGAAGCUCGGUACAUUGGACCAGGCUUCUCGUUCGUUUUGACAUUUAAUUUGCUUCCUUAGGCUGGACUAGUUCUUAUUGAUAAAUGUAUAGUCACUGAGAAAUAGGUAGUUUACUAUCACCAUGGAACAUUUGCCAUGCUAUCCCGUUUUUCUGGGUGUUUUUCUUUUCUUCUUUCUUUGGAGGGAGUUUCUGUCAUGGGAAGAGGAGCUGCUUAUACCUAAUCAAUUUUCCAUUGUUUUUUUGUUCAUACAUGUCAAAGUCCUAACUGAAGCCAUGCUAUGAUGUUGAUGGCCACUGUUAGUCCCCCAUUUUGCUUGUCUGUAAUCAAGCUUUGAGGAAUUAAGAAAGCUUCCAGUAAGCUAAUAUGUCUUUAUGAUA